AUGGCGAAGGGAGGGCAAUACUUCCUCGAGAAGCUUCGGCGGUGCGUUCGGACGGCUUUCUUCGUGGUGGCAUUGGUGGCGUCGUUGGCGGUCACGUCGCUGCCGGUGGUCGUGGCGGUGGUUGACGUGUUGGUGCCGUGCGUUUUGAUCUCGAACUUCACUUGCGUCAAGUGUUACAGCUUCAAGGAGCAUUAUAACCGUUACGCCUUCAACAGUUCCUUGAUGGACAUUCCUCUUGUUUCGGUCAUAAGAUCGCUUAUCAUUCUCUGUGUCUAUUCCGUUUGUGACGGUCCUGCUCUCUCACACGGUCCUUACCUUGGAACUGUGACUCUGUGCUCGUUUCUGUCAAUUGUUCUCUUAUCGGUCAAAGCUUGUGUGUUCACUGUAAAUUCACAUAUUGAAGCGGAGGCUUCAGUUUCCUUCAGGAAGCAAAGACUUCAUUUGAAGAAGUCAUGGGGAAUGCCUGUCUUGUUUCUUUCGUCAGUUGUGUUUGCCCUUGGCCAUACCGUGGUUGCAUAUAGAACCAGCUGCCGAGCACGAAGAAAGCUCCUGUUUCAUCGAGUUGACCCUGAAGCUGUCCUAUCGUGCAAAAAUGUUUUCUCUGGCUAUCCAAAGGUCCCUCGUUCUCCCACUCCUUCUAUUGGGAGAACCCCCAAAAGUGACUGUGAGACAAGGCGACGACCUUUUGGGACAGCUCGUGAUGAAGAACUACUUGUCAGAUUACUAGCAAACUCAGACAGCUUAUUCAUUACAUGCCAAGGACUUACACUGCAUUACAAGCUAAGCUUGCCUGGUUCACCUCCACACUCAUUGUCUUCAAUGUCCUGUAUUGAGUCAAAUUCUAGUUGCAUUACUUCCGCAAUGGAAGCUGGGUUGGCAAAAUCUAAUACACAUUUUCUAAGUACAUCUCCAAAUAUCCAGUCACAAUUAUGCAGGAGCUAUAGCAAUCAAUUCCAUGGCUCAUCUCUACAUGUUCCUCUAUUGGAUGGCCCAAUUACUUCUAUUAUUUCUGAAGAUAUCCCUGUUUUUCACCUAGAUGAUAUUUGUGAAGAUGAAACUAGUAAAUUAGGUUUUCAAUCUCUGGAGCAAAAUUCAAAGAAUAUUGGUCAAUUAGGUAUUGUUUUAAUCCAUGGCUUUGGUGGAGGAGUGUUCUCUUGGAGGCAUGUGAUGGGAUCUUUAGCUCGACAGAGCAAUUGCUCAGUUGUUGCAUUCGAUAGGCCUGGUUGGGGAUUAAGUUCAAGGCCUCGUAGGGAGGACUGGGUGGAAAAAGAGUCGCCUAAUCCUUAUAAGCUUGAAACACAGGUUGAUCUGCUUUUAUCAUUUUGUUCUGAGAUUGGAUUUUCUUCAGUCUUGUUGAUUGGGCAUGAUGAUGGAGGACUGCUUGCCCUUUUGGCAGCACAAAAAAUUCAAUCAUCAAGGAAUUGUUUCAAUGUUAAUGUGAAAGGGCUUGUAUUGCUAAAUGUUAGCUUGUCCAGGGAAGUGGUUCCAUCCUUUGCAAGAAUUCUCCUGCAUACAUCACUUGGAAAAAAGCAUUUGGUUCGCCCUCUACUAAGGACAGAGAUCACUCAAGUAGUGAAUAGGCGUGCUUGGUAUGAUCCUUCCAAAAUGACACCCGAAGUUUUGACUCUCUAUAAGGCUCCACUAUCUGUUGAAGGAUGGGAUGAGGCACUUCAUGAGAUUGGUAAAUUGUCAUCUGAAACCAUCCUUUCAACUAAAAACGCAGAAUCAUUGUUACAAGCAGUAGGAGACAUUCCAGUGUUAGUCAUUGCUGGCUCUGAAGAUUCCCUUGUUUCUUUGAAUUCUUGUCAAGCUAUGGCCUCAAAACUUGUCAAUUCUAGAUUGGUUGCCAUAUCUGGAUGUGGCCAUUUGCCCCAUGAAGAGUGUCCGAAGGCAUUGCUUGCAGCUAUAUCACCUUUCAUCAGUAGACUCCUAUUUACAUCUGACUCGCAAAACCAAUAA